AUGAUCUCGCCCCCCUCAGCGCUCGUGUCAGCGAUAGAUGUAGACUGGUCUCUCAAGGAGUCGUGCGUCAUCUCGUGGAACAACGACCUUGACAACUCUGAGGAGCAACUCCUUGGACAACCAUGCUCAAUCACCCUGUGGAUUGGCUCUAGAGUCUCUGAUGAUUCUUGUGUUGCUUUACUGCAAGUCACUAUCAAGAAAAAGUUCUCAGGAAGAGCAAAGUUCUUCGACUUCUUCUUGUUCGUCGAUCCGCACCAGAUUCAACUCGACAGUGAUAAUGAGCCUGUCAUUCCGUCGCCGAGUGUUCUCACUUUGCUCCCCAAGAUCUUUCCAGUACCACCUGUAAAAGGAUGGCUCCGUGCUUCUGUUCAACAAGGGACCAUGCGCGACAAACCUAUGCAAGUUUUGAUGGACCAAAAGGGUACAAACUUUGAUGGCACCUCCUUGCAUCUUCUCAUGCAGCUCCGAGCACUGUCUCGAGCUGAUCGGUUCAACAUUCACCUCAAGGACGAUAGAAACGUUCGCAAAGUCUUGAACACAUUGAAGCACGAGUUCUCAAGCCGCAUCCCUCAGUCCGAGGUCAUCCUCCGCAAUGCGUAUGCCUCGGGGGGCGUCUGGGAUUCAUGGGCGCAGUAUGGCAAGGAAGUGGCUGGCCCGCACAAAUUGGAUACGUCCAAAGACGCAGAAGCUCUACCAAGUUAUAGCAAGACUUUAGUAGAGCCGUCUGGUAGCUUUCAAGCCCUUCCAUCUCCGCCAUCUUUCAAGCGCGCCGCUGAAUCUCAGGAAGAGAGUUCCUCCCAAAAGCGGUUCCGAGAAUACAAGUCGCAAUUCUCUGAUUUCUCCCCCACCGAACCGAUCACGCCCAGUACAACCCGCGGACAUCCCUCCCAACAGUCAACCCAGGACGAUCAGCCAAUCCAACUACAUCACGCAACUCAGGACAAGGAGCUCGCUCAGGACGACAAUGGCGUCCGGGACGACAAGUCAACCCAAGACGGCCAGUCAUCUGAGAGCAGUCAACUCACCCACGGCCACGAAGCCACUCAAGAACAGCACCUACCUCAGGCUGCUCAGUACACGAGGGGUCAUGCCCAACGUUCGAACCAGGCAGACCCCUUGUCCCCCUUACAUGAAGCCCAACUCCCUCCCUAUGCCGCUUCGAUCACUUCCUCUGAGUCCGAUCACCAACACGACAUCAAGCCGACCCUCUUUACCAGAGGCACUCAAAACCAUGACCUCCCAGCACUUACGUUGGCAGGCCUCGGCGAUCUUAUCACCGCAGCCGUGCAAGCCCACAUUCCCGCCAUUGCUGCUCAAGUUCAGCAACACGUCCUGACUGCCCACAUGAGAGCUCUGGCACAAGAAUCCAUUGCAAACUACCUCGCCUCACACAUGCCACCCCUUAUGCGAGGCUACUUGUCUGAACUCCAGGACGAGUGGGGCUCGGCCGCUCAAGAUCUGCACGAAGUCAAAGACGAGGCUAUCACAGACAUACACUCCGAACGCGAGAAAGUCCUGAAGGACAUACAAGACGAGUCACUGACCUCGUACGAAGACUUCAAGGAGAAGAUGGAGACCCUCAAGGACGAUUUGUUUGUCGAUCUCGCUGACAAGUUUACCGAGUUCGAAGAGGCGUCCAAGGCACGAAUUGAUGCUUCGCCCCCUCAAUACACCAAAGACCCCAGAGACACUGUAGACACCGAAGCUGGCGGCAAGAACAGCACGCAAGAAGCAGCCAGGCUCUUUCAACACUACCAUCAAGGUCACUUGACCAUCGAACAGAAGGUGAAGGUGUUGUUGAGCAUUGCCAAAUGGAACAACGCCGAUGUCUUCAUGACUGCCGGUAGAGACAUGCAGGAAGCCCUGGUAAAGCACUGGGCCGGGGUUGCAGACUACGCGUCAAACUCGGCACCCAUCUUUCUUUGA